AUGUCUGGUAAAGCUAAAGAAGAUGCCCAAAGAAGCUACUAUUUUAUUUUGGGAUAUCUCUGGGACUACUUUGGAAGAAUAUGGCAUGGGUAUGAAUUACAUGGAGUAGAAAAUCUACCAGAUGGACCAGGCCUUAUUAUUUAUUAUCAUGCUACACUUCCUAUAGAUUAUAUUUUCUUUCUAGCAAGGAUCUUUUUCCUGAAGAACAAAUUGUGUUGCUAUACAGUGGUCGAUCAUUUUGUCUUUAAGUUGCCAGGCUUGAAAAUGCUUGGCAAUAAUUUGAAAAUGAUAACUGGUUCAAAGGAAGAAUGUCUUCGUGCCCUGAAGAGUGGAUAUUGGGUGGCUAUUUCACCAGGAGGAACACGAGAAGCCAUCUUUAGUGAUGAAACCUAUAACAUUUUAUGGGGUAAACGCCAAGGUUUUGCCAAAGUUGCUUUAGAAGCAAGAGUGCCCAUAAUUCCAAUGUUUACAGAGAAUGGUCGUGAGGGGUAUAGGACAUUUGGAAGAAUAAAACUACUUAAAAUCUUAUAUGAAUAUCUUCGAUGGCCAAUAAUCAUUUUGUAUGGCGGGUUUCCAGUGAAAUGGCGUACACAUAUUGGAAAGCCCAUACCAUAUGAUCCAAACACAACUGUUGAUGAGCUGGUGAAAAAGGCACAAAAUGGUUUACAGACUUUAAUAGAAAAAAACCAAAAACAACCAGGAUGUAUAAGAAGUGGUCUGUUGGCACGGUUUCGUAACAAGAAAAAUGAAUAA